AUGUUGAGGUCGACCUACAAGCCUUCCGCAAAUACUGCGGCUCCUCCACCCCUGCUUCCUGGAUGGACGGAGCACGAUGCGCCGAGUGGUCACAAAUAUUACUACAACGCCGAGACCAAGGAGUCAACAUAUACGAGACCGAGUGCGCCCGACGUCAAUGCUGCCCAAGGGCCUGCACCGGGAUCGGUCUCGGCAAGCUUCUUUCAAUACCAGACCAUUCCCCAGCUUUCUGACCCAAACGUUGCGAACGCAUACCUGGCACAGCUCAACGCACAAAAUCAACCACCUGCGCAGCGUGGAGGUUUCGGCCAUGGAGGCAGGGGAGGCAGAGACGGACGCCCGCGUCCUGAGCCUAUUGACAAGCCCAAGGCAAAGGCCGCGAUCCCCGGAUGCGAGCCAUGGAUCCUUGUCGACACCAAAUAUGGACGCCGCUUCGUCUAUAAUCCCGAGAAGAAUGCCAGUUACUGGCGCAUUCCUGACAAGCUAAAAGCUGGUAUCUUGGAGUUGGACCAAGCCCGAAUUCGCGAAAAGGCCGGCAUCAAGGAUACCCCGACAGAGGAAGAAGGAGGAAAGGACACAGCACCCACGGCUCGGCCGAGGCCGCAGCAGGAGGCACUAGCGGCGCCGAGUUAUGACGACAAUGACGACAGUUCAGAGUACGAAGAGGUCGAAGUCACGGAUGACGAGGCUGAAGGAGGGGAUGAUCAGGACGGAGAGGACGGACACACCUCCAAGCGCCAGCGCACGGAAGAUGCAGCAGAUGAUGCGCCAGUGGAGUUCAGCGAGGCGGACAUUGCAUUCCAGCUCCAAGCAAUGGGCGAAGCAUACGGGCUUGACCCCGGAGAAUACGAUGACGGAAACAUGGACGAGUGGCCAGAAGGGGCAGAGGGAGUGGAAUUUUCACAGGAAGAUGCCGCCGCACUCUUCAGGGACCUACUCGACGACUUCAAUAUCAACCCGUACAGCUCGUGGGAGAAGCUGAUUGAGGACGGCCACAUCAUUGAAGACCCCAGGUACACGCUGCUCAACACCAUGAAAGCACGAAAGGAUACUUGGCAAGAAUGGUCCAAGGACAAGAUCAGAGAGCUGAAGGAACUUCGGGCCAAAGAAGAGAAGAAGGACCCCCGGAUACCAUACAUGAUGUUACUGCAGGAAAAGGCCUCGCCCAAGCUUUUUUGGCAAGAGUUCAAGAGGAAAUUCAGGAAAGAACCGGCCAUGGCGGAUCCCUACGUCAAGGACAAGGACCGUGAGAAGUGGUACCGGGAGCACAUUAACCGUCUCAAGAUGCCCCAAGCAACGCUCAAGUCCGAUCUCGCCACGCUUCUGAGGUCACUGCCACUCUCAGCACUGAACAAUAAGACGAACCUAUCACGUCUGCCGCCGCAGCUUCUGGUUGACAUCAGAUACAUUUCACUGCCACCACAAGUGAGAGAUCCCAUGAUCGAGGCGUAUAUACAAACCCUGGGACCGCCGCCUGAGGCUGAAGGCACCGAUGAAGAGGAUGAGGCAACACUCAAGGCUAGGGAAGCCAGGGAACGGAGAGAAAAGGCGCUGCGGGAACAUGAGGAUAAGGUUGCGGAACAAAAGAGAAGACAGCAACGAAGUCUUGAGAUGGGACGGGCCAGGCUUCGGGAGGGAGAGCGCGAGAUCGAGCAAGCGAUGCAGGUCGGCAAGCGUGGUCUGCAAAGCCAACUUGCGAGUGCCCGGAGCAACGAUCAACCUAAUAUCUGA